AUGCUAGAAAAUCGGCUACAGCACAACCUCGAACUGAAAGCGCAAUAUGUGGAUUUCAUCCGAGAGGAUCUACAACUCGAUCAUUGUCAAGAGGUAAAUGUGGUCGACGACGAUACGAACAUCAAGCCACAUUAUUUGCCACAAAAUGCGGCACUUCGUCCCGGAAGCUCGUCGACAAAAUGUCGGGUUGUUUUCGACGCAAGCGCUAAAUUUGCUCCAACGAAUCUGUCGCUCAACGAAGUGCUGCUGAUAGGUCCAGUGGUUCAAAGCGACAUCGUCUCCAUCAUACUUCGCUUUCGACUACAUCAGAUUGUUUUCUCGGCGGACAUUACCAAGAUCAUCAGAUUGAUGUGCACCCCUACGACACACACAAGCAGCGUAUAUAUUGGAGAGGAAUCAGAACGAUCCGCUGAAAAUUCUGGAUCUACUGACCGUCACUUACAGUACUGCUUCAGCGCCUUUCCAAGCCACUCCAAGCCUGGUGCAGCUCGCCAAUGA